AUGGAGCGCGGGGAGUCGCAGACCAAGCAAAAGCGCCGAGCAGAGGCAAUGCCCACUGCGGCGCGGCGCAUGCAUGCGCCACAAGGUAGAGACCAAGCCAAGGGGAAGAAGCUCUUGGAGUUGUGCCUGGCGACGAAAAACACAAACCCCAGACAAAGUGGCUCCGAAACGCUUUCAGUGUUUAGACACUCGAAGCUGCGCAACGGAGCGCAAGGCAAGGCCGCCAGAACCGACCAAGGAAAACCCUUCCGAAAGCGUCGACCGCAGGCCAAGGCGCCGCGUCUCGCUUGGCAUGAGAGCGACGGAGAGGAGGAAGAAGAAAAGGAAGGAGCGGAGGAAGAAGAUAGUGAAGAGGGAGAAGAGGAAGAAGAUAGUGAAGAGGGAGAAGAGGAAGAAGGUAGUGAAGAGGGAGAAGAGGAAGAAGAUAGUGAAGAGGGAGAAGAGGAAGAAGAUAGUGAAGAGGGAGAAGAGGAAGAAGAUAGUGAAGAGGGAGAAGAGGAAGAAGAUAGUGAAGAGGGAGAAGAGGAAGAAGGUAGUGAAGAGGGAGAAGAGGAAGAAGAUAGUGAAGAGGGAGAAGAGGAAGAAGAUAGUGAAGAGGGAGAAGACAGAGAACAGGAGACCGAUGCAGCAUCGUGUAGGAAGCCGGGAGAUCCGGACACGCUCUCCGGUUCCUCGCUCCUCGCUUCACGCGGAAAGAGAGCGAAAGAAAACGGUGCAGCGCCGGGGAGCUCGGCAAUGCGUGCGUCGUCUUCCGUGAAAAGAAAGAGGUCGAGGGCCGAGGCUGUCUCUGAGGACGAGUCUUCUUCCUCUCCCGCCAGCGAGACUGAAGAGCCAAGUGCGGCAGGCUCGGCCUGGACAAGCGAGAACGGGCCGUCGUUCGCGUCGCUCGGCGUGCCACGCGCGUUGAUUCGCACGGCGGCUUCUCUCCACAUCUUCCAUCCGUCCCCGAUUCAAGUCCUUGCUCUGCCGCAUGCGUUGCGCGGGAAGAAUGUGUGCGGCCUUGCGCCCACGGGGAGUGGCAAGACGCUCGGCUACUGCUGGCCGCUGCUGCAGAGAAUCGGCCGUGGCGAGGGUCACGCCUUCAUGGGUCUUGUCUUGCUUCCUGCGCGAGAACUCGCGAUUCAGGUCCUCGACCAGUUCCGGAUCUACGGCGCCCAGCUGGGCGCGCGGGUGUGCCUCCUCCUCGGGGGGCGAGAUCUCGUGGAGGAAGGCAAACUGCUCGACCAGUGCCCACACAUUGUGAUUGGCACGCCUGGGCGGGUGUCGGACCACGUUCAGAACGCGCCGGAGCGGAUGAAGAAGCGCCUGUCUCUGGUGGACGUUUUGGUCUUGGACGAGGCCGAUCGCCUCCUCUCCGAUGAGUUCGAAGACGACCUGAAAACCAUUCUCGCUUGCGUUCCGACCUCAUCGCAAGGCCGGCAGACCUUGCUGUUCUCAGCCACCGUCAGCCCAGCGUUGCUUGCGCUGCAGCGGCGCUUCGGCGAUGACGCGAUGCUCUUGGUGGACGCCCAUCGGACGAACCAACCUGCGUUGCCGAACCUCUCCCACUUUUACUUGUUUGUGCCCGCGCGCAUGCAGCCGGUCUAUCUACUGUACCUCCUGGAACACACGCCGCCGUUCUGUUCAGACAGAGGCAUCGUCUUCGCCGGCUCCGUACGACAGACGCAGCAGAUUUGCACCACCCUGGAGAUUCUCAAGCAAGCAGCCACGCCGCUCCACUCACUCAUGGAGCAGCGAAAGCGCGUCGCGUGUCUGGAGAAAUUCCGCAGCGAAACAUCGCGGCUGCUGAUUUGCACGGACGUUGCCGGGAGAGGCCUCGAUCUCCCUCGCGUUGAGUUCGUCAUCAAUAUGCAAGUUCCUGGAAAGGCUCAGGACUACGUUCACCGGACUGGACGUACAGCCCGAGCAGGCCGGAAGGGCGUGGCCCUGACCUUCGUGGACCCCAAGUCUGUCAGAGCUGUCCACCGGAUCGAGGCACUGAUCAACACUCAGUUGCAGCCGCUCUCGUCGAUAAAUGAGCAGGAUGUUUUGAAGUUCCUGAGCAAUUACAGCAAGGUCGUGCAGAAGUCUCUUUUGUUUUUGAAUGAAAUCGGCUUCGACGAGAAAGCUGAACAACACGAAGAAUACACAAAGGCUUUCAAGGAAGCGCGAAGGAAACGCCGUGCACAGAAGGCAGAAAUCGCAAAUGCUGUUCCAGUGUGA